GCAGCCUUUCUGUCAUCACACUGAGCUGGAAGGAUCACUUCCGCCUGGCUGCAGGAACAAGAAGCGGGAGCAUCUCUGACUGGAAGAUCAGCAGCGGCUCCUUGUCUGUGUCAUGGAGAGCAGAUGAGCCAUUGAAGGGCUGAGCAGACACCAUUGGAGAGUCUCAUACAGUGCGAGCACCGACAAGAGGAGAGCACACACUCAGCAAGGCUUCCUAUCCACCGGACAAGCAGUCCCCUGAAGGUGCUCCUCUUCAAUGGUCGUGUGCCCCCCCCCCCCACCGAAAUUAUCACUUAUAAUACAGAUCUAGUGGACUCACAUUGUACGUCAGGACGUUAAGUGCACAUCUACACUCCAGUUCUUGAGCAGGAGGAGAGGAGCUGGCAGCCAGGGGGGCGAGGAAUAAGAAGGCUGUGAGGACUGCUGAAGAUGUCCGAUAGUGUGGAUAUUGAAGAGAAACCUCCAGCCCCCCCUCUUAGAAUGAACAGUAAUAACCGUGAUUCUUCAGCAUUAAAUCACUGCUCAAAACCACUACCCAUGGCACCCGAAGAGAAGAACAAGAAAGCCAGGCUGCGCUCCAUCUUCCCGGGAGGAGGGGAUAAAACCAACAAGAAGAAAGAAAAGGAACGUCCGGAGAUCUCCCUUCCUUCAGAUUUUGAGCACACUAUUCAUGUCGGCUUUGAUGCUGUGACGGGAGAAUUCACUUUUGGAAGUGCCAUUGGAAUGUGUAACACUCCAGAUCUCUGUGGUUUACAGAUGGGCUCAGGGAAACUCGCAGAGGGAAUCCCAGAGCAAUGGGCGAGACUACUGCAAACCUCAAACAUCACCAAACUGGAGCAGAAGAAGAACCCUCAGGCUGUGCUAGAUGUCCUCAAAUUUUAUGAUUCCAAAGAGACUGUCAACAACCAGAAGUAUAUGAGCUUUACGUCUGGAGAUAAAAGUGCACAUGGAUAUAUCGCUGCUCACUCUUUGAACACAAAGACUGCAUCAGAGCCUCCUUUAGCUCCUCCGGUAUCAGAAGAGGAGGAUGAAGAAGAAGAAGAGGAAGAAGAAGAGGAUAAUGAAAUCCCUCCUGUAAUAGCUCCACGUCCUGAGCAUACAAAAUCAAUAUAUACUCGUUCUGUCAUUGAACCUGUGGCUGUUCCUGCUCCAGCCAAAGAAGCCUCCACUUCCCCAGUCACAACUCAGCCAGAAAACUCAAGCACGAGCACUUUGUACAGAAAUACUGACCGGCAACGCAAAAAAUCUAAGAUGACAGAUGAAGAAAUCCUUGAGAAACUCAGAAGCAUUGUAAGCGUAGGUGAUCCUAAAAAGAAAUACACGCGAUUUGAAAAGAUCGGCCAAGGAGCAUCUGGUACAGUGUACACAGCUAUAGACAUUGCUACAGGCCAAGAGGUAGCAAUAAAGCAAAUGAACCUGCAGCAGCAACCCAAAAAAGAAUUAAUUAUUAAUGAGAUCCUGGUCAUGAGGGAAAAUAAAAAUUCUAACAUUGUGAAUUAUUUAGACAGUUAUCUGGUGGGGGAUGAACUCUGGGUAGUGAUGGAGUACCUAGCUGGAGGGUCUUUGACUGAUGUUGUAACAGAAACGUGUAUGGAUGAAGGACAAAUUGCCGCUGUCUGUCGAGAGUGUCUACAAGCCUUGGACUUCUUGCAUUCAAACCAAGUGAUACACAGAGAUAUUAAAAGUGACAAUAUCCUGCUUGGGAUGGAUGGAUCAGUAAAACUUACGGACUUUGGUUUUUGCGCUCAGAUCACGCCUGAGCAGAGUAAACGGAGUACGAUGGUGGGAACGCCUUACUGGAUGGCACCAGAAGUGGUAACGAGAAAAGCCUAUGGACCAAAAGUUGAUAUUUGGUCUUUAGGAAUCAUGGCCAUUGAGAUGGUUGAAGGAGAACCACCUUACCUUAAUGAGAAUCCUCUCAGAGCACUGUACCUGAUAGCUACCAAUGGAACCCCAGAGUUACAGAACCCAGAAAGGCUGUCAUCUGUGUUCAGAGACUUCCUCAAUCGAUGCCUAGAGAUGGAUGUGGAUAGGAGAGGCUCUGCCAAGGAGCUUCUACAGCAUCCAUUUUUAAAACUAGCCAAGCCUCUUUCUAGCCUGACUCCACUGAUUAUAGCAGCAAAGGAAGCCAUUAAGAACAGCAGCCGCUAGCUACGAUGGACACAAAGCUGUAGCCUCUGCAUUAGAACACAGAACUCAGCAGAAUCAGAAAACCUCAUCCCCUCACACAGCAGGAUUAACAAGCUAACCAACUACUGUCGUGGGGAGACAUGACCCACCAUGAUGCACCUACUCGUGUCUUCUACUUGCCCUUAUGGAUUCCUUAAACUCUUUUUUUCCUUUGUUUUGUAAGUAGGAACAGGACUACAACGUUCAACUCGGCACAUUGGAAGUUGGUGCUGCACGUCCGCACGUUGAUCCCCUGCAGAAAUUUUCCAUAGAUGGGUUGUACUUUCAUAAGGAACAAAUAAUUUAAGAUCUGGGUGUUUUUUUUUUUUUUGCUUUAUUUUUAAAGAAACAAAAAACUGAAAAAAAAAAUCUCUGCAUUUCCAAAUAUGCAGCAACGUUGACAGGUCUGUUGGUCUGUGUAGACCUUACCAUCCAUUUACUCUGAUAGUCUUAUUUCCCUGUUUUCAGCACAGGGUCGGUUUACUUACGGUACUAUUUUGCAUGUGAGAGUAACCACUCUACAGGGGAAGGUACACCUUGAUGCAAGAGAGCUAUAAAAAUGAAAGUUACAUCACCCAAAAAAUGGGGUACAAAGAGGAGGUAGUGGUUUGCAUCCAAUGCUUUAUGGAAUUUUUUUCUUACAUAGCAGAGUGAUAUGUAAUUUUUCCAUUGGUUGAUCCCAUUGGCACAGUUUUUUUUAGCCAAAAAGGCUUAUAUGACUAUGUUCUAUGGUUCUGUGCUGCACAGUCAUUUUUAUGGCCUGAAUCAAUAUUUUAAAAUGGAUAACUGUCAAUUCAUGCGUCAAUUUGGGCAUCAUAUGAAAGAAUGUGUGUUGUUCAUUUCAGCCACUCGUAAAUGUAUAUGUAACGAAGGAGCAUAGUGAUAUGUUACACACUGGUUCAAUCCAUAAAAUUUGUUAUUACGAUCAUGUGGCUUAGGCAGUAAAGUAGUGCAAACAGAAACAAUGUUGUGAAAAGUGUCACAAACCAAAGCAACCAAUCUGAAUUCCUCUAAACUGAUCCAGCUAAAAAAAAAUAAUUAAAAGUACUUGGUUGCUUUGGUUUAUCACUCUUUACACAUUAUUCUUACUCCUUGCACUUUCUUAUUGAACACGCUUGCUAGUUAUUACAUGUUUGUGUAUAAUGGGGUUAAAAGUGCCAAUAAAGCAAAAUUGUCGAUUUCCCAAGUACAAACAAUAGAUAUAAAUAAUAUACACGUGUAUACACAA